CGGCAGCGGUCGGCCGCGCCAGCAGCGCCAUGCCCCGGAGGAAGGCCGUCAAGCCGCUGCGGGCGCUCUGCCUGGAGAACGUGGCCGCGAACGUGCAGCUCCUCUGGGCCAAGGACUACGCCGAGCGCUCCCUAGACGAGUACCGCUUCCGCUACCUGCUGGGGCCCUUCAGCGAGCUGGCUGGCUGCCUCGUCCGGGAGUUGAUUGACCUAAUGGGGACCCACCGGCGCGUGACCCGGCCCGUGCUGCACUUGCUGCUGGUGCCCCAGUUGACGGAACUUGACCUCAGCAAAUGCUCAAAGCUGGUUACCAGGACCAUCACUCAGAUGAUUACCAGCCGCUGCAAGAACCUGUCCCUGCUGUAUCUCCAGGGCUGCAGCCGGGUCCCUAGCGAUGCUCUGGUUGACCUGGUAGAAAGCUUGCCUCAUCUCAAAAAGCUGGACUUGUCGGCAACCCAGUGCAACACCCAGGUCUUGUCAGCCGUGGGCUCCACCUGCCAGCAUCUUUGUGAGCUGGAGGUUUCUGACUGCAAGCGACUGUCUCCGGAUUCCCUCUUCCACCUGGCUUACGAUGUCACGACCAGCUCCUUCUGCUGCCAGGCACUGCAGGUACUUUCAGUCGAUGGGCUGGAGCCCGGUGCUAAAAGUCAGAAUCUGGUCUGGGCCUUGGCCUUUGUUCUGCUGGCCCUUCCCAGUCUCAGGUUCAUGGAGAACGAAUUUGUUUCCGAGGCGGUGUGUGAGAUCUCCCGCCAGCAGUUCAAGGGGGCCCGGAUUGCCCCUGGGCUUCCCUCGCUGGAGGAGCUGGUUCAGCGCAGGAUGGCCACGCACACGGAUGAGGUGAGCUCCAGACUUACGCUGCCUCUCAAGGAGUUGUUGGAGGUAGAUGAAUCUUCCUUGCCCGUAGUUUGCAGGGUGUGCCCACACUUAACAAAAGUGACUGUACUUCUGGAUGACAGUUCUGCGCUGAGCCCUGUCUUCUCUUCCUGGCGUGCCCUCACCCACCUGACAUUAGACUGCGAGAGACCCAGGCAGCUCAGGCAGCUGCUGCCCGUGACGGCCGUUGUUGGCGCCCAGAUGCAGUCCCUCUCCAUUGAUGGCUUCGUGGUCAAGGAUGAAUCGUCCUUCCACAUACUGCUUGGUCACUGCUCAAAUCUCCGGAAAUUCAGUGCCAGCAUCUUCCUUUCCCUGAGAUGCCAGAGCCAGAAGGCUGCUGUGGGGGAUGCUGCUUCUACCCUGCCCAGGUUCUCCCACCUUGCUGAAUUCACCUUGAGCCUCUCCGAUUUGCAUGCUUCCGCACCUCCCCAGCCUGCAGCAGGGUUGAGAGCAAACCUUACGUCUGUCCUCGAGAACUCCCCAGGCCUGGAGAGUUUGGAGCUGUUCUAUCUGCCCUUUUGCCUGGAUGGGGUGUUCAAGAAAGUGCUGGAGCCCCCGGGCACUGCUCUGGUGCACCUCCGCCACCUUUCUCUGCUCCAGUGCAAGGUGUCCAGUAGCACCAUCCACCUUCUGUUGGCCACAGACAACCAGCUGGAUUCCAUCCAUUUGGACAAAUGCCCAGAGAUCUACCGGAGGGACUAUGAUGAGUUCCUCCAAAGAGUCAGCAGAGAAGGCCUUGACCUGCACAUUGAGUGGCAGUGAAAGCGUGGAAGGUCAGCUUUGUUUCUGUUGAGGCCAAGGCAGAAGAGCACCUGUUAAUAAAGUUUGUAUUCUCUAUCACAUU